AUGCGACUAAAGAAGAUCCACAGUCAUUUUGUGCGGAUCUUCAACGCCCCUCCAGGUGAAAGGUCAGAACGGGACAUCUGCUCCGUGCUGCCUGUUGUGAUGAUGAAAACAACAUGUUUCCGAAACCUGGAUGCCGAUGCAGUGACAUAUAUCCUUCAGAGAGCAACACUCGAGAGAUACAAACUGGAUGAAGUCAUUGUACGGCAAGGAGAGGUUGGCGACAAAUUCUAUAUCAUACUGGACGGGACUGUUUCCAUCUACGUCGAUGCAAAGAAAGAUGAGAAGGUCCUGCGUACGAUGACCGAGGACAACGUCAUGUUUCCACUCCCGCCACCACGACGCAUGUCUGUUGCCACGGCCAUCUCAGACAGGGACGGGGGUGAGGACUUGACUGUCGAGAGACACGAGAUACGAGGCCCUCACAGCACCAGCAGUCGGAAAUCUAGGCGCGAGUCGGCACAGUUUGGCCUUCGUCCCCAGUCUAGACGUCACAGCUCUCACGGGUCCCACGGCUCACAUGACAGGGUCGACCACGAUAAGAAGGACGAGGAUAAGGAUAAGAGGCAUAGGAAGAAAUACGGAAUGGCCGUCAAUACACUUGGGCGAUAUCAGAACUUUGGGGAACUGGCGUUGAUUUACCCAAAUCGUCAACGCAAUGCUUCAGUGAUUGCAGAGGAAAGGACAGAAGUACUGGUUAUUUCAUAUGAGAUAUUUGAAGCCACUCUUCAGGACACUCUGGAACAGGACUUGGAUGAGAAGCGUCUCUUUAUCCAGACGCACCCGUUCUUCUCCAAGUGGAGUUUCCAGAUGCAGCGACAACUGCAGUGGUCCCUGGUGCGCAGUACGCACUCCAUCGGAGACCCUGUGAUCAAGCAGGGUUCCAAAUUGGCCGGGCUCUGCUUCCUUGUGAGUGGCCGGGCCCAUCUGGCAGGGGAACCAAUGAGGCACAUGGUGCAGUUUCCUGAUUUCUUUGUGAAGGAAAAGCGGGACGUAUUUCAAAAAGGGGAACCGGAACCCCUGAGGCGUGAGGAAACGACACUUUCACAAAUGGUAGAUCACAUGCGAGGGUCAAAGAGUCACAGAAACUUGCUGGCUGGAAUGGAGCCUCUUACAUACAUUCGGCGAACAGACGGUUAUGCUGCAGCCGAAAAAGUAGUCCACGAAAAAAUGGUCGACAUUUGCAUCAUCGAAGAAGGAGAGGUCAUAAGCGACUUUGAGCUUCUACUUGGUCUGGAAAUGAACAUGUUUAGCGUUGUGUGCCAAACGGCGUGCACGUUUUUCCACCUGGAAUCCAAAAUAUUUGACCGUCUGAUUUACAAACGCAGUCCACAUACUCUCACAAUGAUGAAAUUCCUCGCUGAAAGAAAACUUACCCGCAGAAUUCGAUCUCAACAGGGGCAGCGCAUGCCAAUACUGGCACCUUUGCUUCUUAAGAUUCUUGAUGUAAGAGUUGUGGAUCCUAGCGAGGAAAACAAAGAGGGUUUUGAAAAAUUGACAUUACCUACUGCUAAAACCAUAAUAUUACCCAAAACACCCAUGGCACAGAGACAGCCAAAGCGUUCCAAAACAGUGCUCUUUGAUUGGUUUGUGCAAGGGAAAACACCAUUGCUGCAGCCAAUUGACAAAGACGCCAUUUACUACAGAGAAAUGAUACAAAAGCGCGCGCAGACAAGGGAAAUGCUUAGAAAACGUAAUGAUCAACAGGAAGUGAAAUCUCUCGGAAGAAGGAUUAGGGAUACGUACUGGUUUAAUUUGAAAGAGAAAAAGAAGGCCAUGAACACGAUGAAGCGACUGAAACUUGAACAUUCUGAGGUAACACAGGCUGAGAGAUGGAAAUAAAUGUGUUAUCACAUAAGGCCAUAGGCAAAGUCAGAAUUGACAAGUGUUAAAAUAUCGGCUUAUUGGAGCAACCAUUCUGUUUCUCUAAGCCCACAACAGAUUCAUCAGUUGUGAGAUGGAAUUCUGCCCCCAAACUUUGAAGCAAGCGAGCGCAAUAAAAAUAAAAACAUGUUUAUACCAUUUUCAAAAACGUCAGAGGCAAAUGCAAGGUGCAGAAUAAUAAAAGUUAUUGUGUACAUAUUUGUUAAACAUUCCUGCCAAACCGAUUCAGCUUAUUAGACCCUGCAUUUUGUGAUAUUAGCUGUUAAAUGAAAAAUAAACAGUCUAUGUCCUAAAAUAUUUCGACUUAAUCAAACGAAUUGAAAAGAACAAACUCUCUGUUUAAAAACAAAUGGAUGCAGUGAAAAAUAGAAAAUGCUGGCGUAUUUUUUUUUAAUUAAGUGCCUUAAAUCAUACAAGGAUUUGUAGUAAAUGUUUUGCAUGAUUCAAUUAUGUGCUACAUCAUGUAUUAUCAACUGUGAAAAACUAUUGAAAUAUGAAAACUUCAUAAUUGUCAGCUCAGUCUUUGAAUGACAAGUCCCUACCAGUCAAUUCAAGAUUUGGGGGACAUUAAAAAUCAUUACAUUGUUAUUGAGUUAUUAUCUUUCCUAUGCAGGUCUUAUAGUAUUGUUGAAUAUCUGAAUGGCUAAAAACGUGGUCAAAUCAAAAUCGUUGGUCAGUUGAUUACAGUCUUUACAAUUCAACUUUAUAAUCCCCAUUAAAAGAGGAGUUUCUAGAAUAAUCAGCAUAAAGACCAAAAUAAUAUCGUACGUUUUUUAAUAAAACCAAUUAAAAAAAAAUGUACUAUAAUUGCCUUCAUUAACGUUUAUAAAGCUCGUUAUCUAAUUGCCAUCAUAUUAUUUAAUACUCUGGACUUGUGAUCCAAAGACAAUUGUAUAAUUGCCAUCAUAUUAUCUAAUUCUCUGACUAUGAUCCGAAGACAAUUGUCUAAUUGCAGUCAUAUGAUCUAAUACUCUGGACUAGCGAUCCAAAUAUAAUUGUCUAAUUGCCAUCAUAUGAUCUAAAACUCUGGACUAGCGUUCCAAAGACAAUUGUCUAAAAUCCAUCAUAUGAUCUAAUACUCUGGACUAGCGAUCCAAAGACAAUUGUCUAAUUGCCAUCAUAUGAUCUAAUACUCUGGACUAGCGUUCCAAAGACAAUUGUCUAAUUGCCAUCAUAUUAUCUAAUACUAUGGACUAGCGAUCCAAAGACAAUUGUCUAAUUGCCAUUAUAUGAUCUUAUACUCUGGACUAGCGUUCCAAAGACAAUUGUCUUAUUGCCAUCAUAUUAUCUUAUACUCUGGACUAGCGAUCCAAAGACAAUUGUCUAAUUGCCAUCAUAUUAUCUGAUACUCUGGACUAGCGAUCCAAAGACAAUUGUCUUAUUGCCAUCAUAUUAUCUGAUACUCUGGACUAGCGAUCCAAAGACAAUUGUCUAAUUGCCAUCAUAUUAUCUGAUACUCUGGACUAGCGAUCCAAAGACAAUUGUCUAAUUGCAAUAAUAUUAUCUAAUACUCUGGACAAGCGUUCCAAAGACAAUUGUCUAAUUGCAAUAAUAUUAUAUAAUACUCUGGACAAGCGUUCCAAAGACAAUUGUCUAAUUUCCAUCAUAUUAUCUGAUACUCUGGACUAUGCAUCCAAAGACAAUUGUCUUAUUGCAAUAAUAUUAUAUAAUACUCUGGACUAGCGAUCCAAAGACAAUUGUCUACUUUGCAUCAUAUUACUAGUAUCUAAUUAUCUGGACUAGCGAUCCAAAGACAAUUGUCUAAUUGCCAUCAUAUUAUCUGAUACUCUGGACAAGCGUUCCAAAGACAAUUGUCUUAUUGCCAUCAUAUGAUCUACCGGUUAUACUCUGGACUUGUGAUCCAAAGACAAUUGUCUAAUAGCCAUCAUAUUAUCUAAUACUCUGGACUAGCGUUCCAAAGACAAUUGUCUAAUUGCCAUCAUAUUAUCUGAUACUCUGGGCAAGCAUUCCAAAGACAAUUGUCUAAUUGCCAUCAUAUGAUCUAAUACUCUGUACAAGUGUUCCAAAGACAAUUGUCUUAUUGCAAUUAUAUUAUCUAAUACUCUGGACUUGUGAUCCAAAGACAAUUGUUUAAUUGCAAUCAUAUUAUCUAAUACUAUGGACACGCGAUCCAAAGACGAUUGUCUAAUUGCCAUCAUAUUAUCUAAUACUCUGGACUAGCAAUCCAAAGACAAAUAUCUAAUUGCCAUCAUAUUAUCUUAAACUCUGUAUCAGCGAUCCAAAGACAAUUUCUACAGUUUCCUUAAUACAGAUUAUUGCAAAGAAUCACCAUCAUUAAGACCAUUCUCUUGAAUAGCCAUCACAAAGAACAUUGUAUAGAAUUUCCAUUCUUGACACCAAUGUCUAGAAUUCCAUCAUGCAUACAAUCGUCUAGCAUUACCAAUAUAAACAUUGUUUAAAAGCAUAAAAAAGACCAUGGUCAACAGUUGACAUUUUUAAGACCACCAUCUAGAAUUGUCAUCAUAAAGACCAUUGUCUAGCAUUACCAAUAUAAACACAAUCGCCUAGAAUUGUCAUAAAAAAAGAGCAAGGUCAACAUAUGCCAUUCUUAAGACCACAAUCUAGAAUUGUCAUUAUAAUGACCAUUGUCUAGCAUUAUCUAUAUAAAGACCAUUGUCUAGAACUGUCAAAAAAGACCAAGGUCAAAAGUUCCCAUUAUUAAGACCACCAUCUAGACUUGUCAUCAUAAACAUCAUUGUCUAGAAAUUGUCACCAUACAAACCGUUGUCUAGAAUUGCCAUCAUCAAAACCAUUUUCUGGAAUUUACAUCAUACAGACCUUUUUUCCAAUUUUUUUCAUAACGAUUUUUCAUAAAGUUUAAGUGUUUAUGAAAAAUUGUUAUGAAAACAAUUGGAAAAAAUGGUCUGUAUGAUGUAAAUUCUAGAAAAUGAAAAGACAAAGAUUUUUUUUCAGAAUUGCCAUUAUAAAGACGAUUGUUUAGAGUUAAAUUGUCAUUAUUGUCGUCAUAAAGACCAUGGGCUAGAAUUUUUAUCAUAAAGACCAUCGGCUAGAGUUAUCAUCAUUUUGACCAUUGUUUAGAAAUGUUUUUAUAAAGAUUAUUUUCUAGAGUUGCCUUCAUAAACAUUAUUUUCUAGUAUUGCCACCAUAAAUACGAAUUGCCAUCAUAAAGACAAUGAUAAUAUGAAACCGUAUUUUAAAUGAACAUUUGUUUAUAAAAUGUCUUCAUAAUGUAUCCAUGGUGAAAGAAUGGUCGAAAAAAGUAUUGUGAUGUGAAUGUGUUUGAUUUAACUGAUGGUAUAUCUUGUUUAUUAAAACUGUUUAACUUGUAGUUUGCUUUUGAUGUUGUUUUUAUGUAAACAAUUUCUUUCAAAACAUAUAAACAAACCUUAAUGUGCAUGUAAUAUGUUAAUAAACUGAAUGUGGCCAUUUCGGCAGAUAUUA